CAGGACCGUUGUAAUCUGUACGGAGUAUCAUCAGUGAGCCACUCUGGCGAUGCGCAAGCAACAGAGAUUUUGACCGUCAUCGAGGACUUCGAAAUACACCAGCAUCUUGGUUACUUCCAAUGCGACAACAUUGCCUCGAAUGACACAUGUAUCGCCGCCAUCCUCAGCCGUUUUCCCGACCAGCCCAACGAGCCUGCAAGUCCCUAUCAAUAAGAAGGAACGGCGACUUCGUUGCCUUGGGCACAUUGUCAAUCUUGUUGCAAAGGCCCUCCUCGCCAGGGCUAAUAUCGAGUGGCAAGAUGGGGAAAACAAUCCUGGUUUGAUCAAACGGCUACACAACGUCGUCUACUUCAUCCGCCGCAGCCCACAACGCCGUGAUGCUUUUAUCAGGGCAAUGGAGUUUAAGCAAGUACCGGCAACAGAGGUCACCAAGUUCAACGCAUUCCUCACCACCUCAGACGACCCAGCUCCUGGCCUGCAAUUGGUACCCGACAACGAAACGCGGUGGAAUUCAACUGAAGUUGCGAGCGAUAUUGAGGCCAUUCGCACGCGUUACCAAGGCCUUUGA